AAGAAGAGAGAUGGUACUAUAUACAGAUAUAUCAAGAUAGCUCUUUAACCGACUUUCAACAGUCAGAAAGGAAGAUACGGGAUAAUUGGUUUAUGGAUGUUAGAUCAAUGAUGUUCCUGUUGUCAGGGGUUUGUUUUCUGGUUUCGGUAUUGUCAGGGGUGCAAGCUAAAUGGGUGGAAGGGAGGAUCGAUACCAAAGAUAACUGGGCAUUCCUCGCUCGUUUUUGCUUCCUCUCCCUGGAGGGGCAGUUCGAGUACCUCAUAGAGUAUGACAAGGAUGCUGGUAUACCUAACCUCUUGCUGUAUUAUGAUGAUGAUUCUCAAUGGCCGUCCGUAUAUCAUAGUAGUAAGACCUGCAAACAAAGAGAGGACGUAUUGAACAGAGCUGGACAGAACCAGAUCAUCAGACUAUCACACUGGUACCCUGACACGGAGUACUCAGGGUGUAUCAUCACGAAACAUAACAAGGAGUUACCAGCUGCCAAGAGUACAACAACACCAAAAGCAACAGAUCCGCCGAAAAAACCGAAAAAUUCGACCAAACUGACACCUCCAGAACCGUCAUACUACGACCAAUUUUUAAAAACAACCACUCGAGACCCAAAAGCUAUUACAGACCCUAAUACCAACACCACAUGGUUCGAAUUGCUACCAACUGAUGGCAAUUUUACUACUAUGACUCCUGAAGAUGAAUUAUGGGAGAGCCUUGCGCCUGGAAACGGCAGCCAUCUUGGGAAUCUGAAGGAUGACGUUGAAAUUCUUUUUGAGAAUGGAAAUCGGAGUGGGCACAAAAUAAAAAGAUCGUUAGAUCUCUACGAGCGAUACCGACGCCGUCGUCUGAACGCUGAACCGAAAGCCCUUGCAAGUCAGAGCGAGAAGGAGCACUUGAUGGUCACCUGUCACAACUCUAGGAGAUUCAGAUCAGCUAGAGAGCGGUGGUGGUUCAUUGCCAUCAGCAAUUGUGAGAGUAAUAAGGGUCUGGACAUCCGAUAUAAAUUCUUGAUGACCAACGGGCCAGAUGGUGAUUUUUGGCAUGAACACUUCUCUGCGGACGAAUUUUAUGUUCUACCAGUACUCCUAGCGUACACCUUUGCAUAUGUUGUGGUAAUGAUAGCCGUAGUGAUGUGCAGUGUCGAGUUGAAGUCUAGACACCUUCUCCAUUCGACAUAUAAGUUGUUCCUAAUGUCAGUCGUAUCCCAACACUCAGGAGUUAUGCUGCAAAGCUUAGCUUACAUACGAUAUGCUGCUAAUGGAUUUGGCACUGAAAAUGCUAAGAUUGUUGGUCAAUUCCUCUGCGGUCUAUCAGAGAUGUCGUUUCUUCUACUUUUGGUAUUAAUGGCGAAAGGUUACACUAUAACCAGAGGUCGAUUGAAGGUCGGGUUCACCGUCCGGUUGACUGUGUUCAUGUGCUGUUAUAUCGUCACUUAUAUCGUGCUGUUUAUAUAUCAGGCUAAGGCGUUCGAUCCAGGUGAAGUGUUGUACUUAUAUGAGAGUCCAGCUGGAUACGGUCUGAUCGUGCUGAGGAUCCUCGCAUGGUGCAUGUUCGCGUACUCCACCUUCUUCACUGUCAGGAAGUACCCUGAAAAGAACAUGUUCUACUGUCCGUUCUUCAUCUGUGGCACUCUGUGGUUCUACGCGGGACCUCUGUUCAUACUCACUGCUAAUACUUACAUAGAUAAAUGGGUGCGCGAGAGUGUGGUGACUGCAGUCCUAUUGUUCAUAACAUUCUGUGGACACAUUAUGUUUCUAUUGCUAACAUUACCAGUGUUUGCGAAUAAGAAUUUCCCUUAUCACGUGAGGACCACACAAAUUGGGGUUAUGGAGGUCACUGGUAAUUCAGCUCUGGAUGGCUUCGGUCCUAACGCCUACCAUCCUAGCAAUGCGCCACCGCAAACUGUCAUUAUACCAUUGACUAGACGCACAGAAGAGUUAAUAGGCAACAUGUACAACCAGUACAUGGCUACCGCGCCCCCCCUCUCCUUAGAAGACCAGCCCCCAAAACUAAAGAAUAUACCAAGGAGAAUAGACUCUAUAUCUCCAAAACAUCAUCUGAUAUCACAAGACAGCACGGAAACGAACUCAUCAGCUGAUAUAAGACCAAUCAUACAAAAAGACGAACCAAACAAAGAAAUAUUUACCGUUGAAAAUCAAAUUUCGAAAAUGGAACCCGCUGUGUUGCCAGUUUCUAAGCCUGUGGUGGUGUUGCCAGAGAGAAAUUUGGAAGAUAAUAAUUUUAAUAGGGGAGAUUUGCCUAAUGUUAUGCGGUCAAGGAGGAAUAUUUUGGAGCCUAUUAAAAGAGAGGAUAAUGUGCCCUCCUGGUCCCUUGCUAAGGGACCUUGUAUUGUUGGCAUGCUGAAGAAGACUAAGAAUGUUGAUGAGGACUCACCAGACCUCAACAACAUCUUAAUCAACGGAAAGAAAGUUCCUCCAGUGCGGAACGGUCUCCAGUCCAGCUCUGGAGAGAUAUCCACUAUCAUGGAAGGCAGAGUUCAGAGCUACCCAAGUGCUGUCAGCAAAGCCACGAUAGAUCUGUUCAGUGUUGGUAGCCAUAAAGGCUGAAUGACUUUUUGCAAGAUGUAGAGAGAAAAUCGUUAAGUCUAAAAUUACUGUUUUUGUGUUAACAAUAAAUCGCGGGUUAUUC